AGUGUGCUGUGUCCCGGGAGCCUGGAGCUCCCUGACGGGGCAGCUGCUCCAGACCCCCGCCUCCCAGCAGGCAGCUGGUUGCCUGGGAAGCUCUGGUUCCCAGGGAGAGAGGCGGCAGGAGGAGGGCAGUGUGCUGGUGGGGCUUGCAGAGGGCCAUGGCGGCCCACCCACGCUGCCCCGCCGACUCCGCUUUCUCCCUCACUCCCGCAGCCCCACACCGUCAAGACCAGGUGCUCGGCUGGGAGGCCAAGAGGAGAACCCCAAGGGAGCAGGGCUCAGGGACACUGCAGCCGGGGCCUCCCAGCCUGCCGGGGCCCAUCCCUCAGCCCGCUCCCCUCCCACCGUGUGACUUGGAGCCCCUCUCCAGGGAAACCUGGAGCCUGGCAGCCCCUGAAUAGCGACCCGCUGGCUGCCGCCCGACCAUACCAUUCAUACUGGCAACGGGGGAAGGUGACAGCCCUGGGGCCCCGAGGGGCAGCGCAACCUUGUGCCUGCGUCCCCCUAGUGCCUCCCAGCCCUGAGAAGGCUCCAAGGAGACGGGCUGGAGUGGGGCUGAGCCGUGGGAAGGCUCAGGGGCACCCGGCUCCUCCAGAGAGCUCUGGCUCCCUCGUCCCAGCCCAGUGGCCAUCCCUGCCCCGUUGGCCGGCCCUCCCCUUAGGGCAGGGCCCAGAUUCUCCCAGACAAAGCCAGCUGCGAGUGAGGGGAGAAGGCCUGGCUGGCUGAGGGGCACAGGCAGGGCAGGGUUGGGGUCACGAGCCCCACGCGAAGCUCCUUGGGGGCCCCCUUGGAGAGACAGCCGGAGAGACCGCCCCCCAAGCCGGGACUGCUGAGGGCUGCUCUGAGGCACCAUGAGCACAGAGGCGCCCAGCCUCACCGGCUCCCCGGUUACCAGUCCCCUUGCCUUUCUCACAGCUCAGGAAGCUGCUGCAGGCACCCUGGCGGAGGCGGCCAGCCCGGUCCCAGUGCUUGUGGCCCUGGCCUGCAUUUUCCUCCUGCUGGCCACCUGCCUGCUGUUCAUGGCACUCUGCAAGCCGGCCGCGCUGGACCCGCGCCGCCGCGGCGCCCGCGAGUGCAUGCCCCACCACCCUGGGAGCCCCAGCGAGCCCCAGCUGCGCCUCUGGAAGCGCCUGGGGUCCCUGCGCCGCUCCCUGCGCAGCUUCCACCGGGGCCGGCCCGCAGCCCCUCCACGCCCGCUGCCAGCCUGCAACAACAGCCAGGGCGACUGGGACUGCUCGGAAUCCACCAAGAUGUGACAGGUGGCCACGGCACGCCCCUCCCCCGGUCCACCUCCAGACCUUCCUGCCUGGCCCUGCAGCUGCAGGCAGACAGCAGCCCGUGCAACCUGGGCCACACACUCAUCUCGUGUGCCCAGGCCUGUGCCCUUUCCGGACCUUCCACCCUGAAGACCCCCCAGCUGCUGCUUGCUAAAGGAUCCCUGGGCCAAGGGGAGCACCUGCUGCCGCUGAGCCUACAGGCACAACCUGGGGCUGCCCAGGGCCUCCUCCGGGCAGCGGCACCCCUGCUCCGCCACAGAGCCUUGCUGCACUCUGGGUGCUAAGGCCAGUUCCAGGAGCUGCUGAGCGACAGAGCACCUCUCCAGCCAUGGACACUACUCAGCUUAUACUCGGGCAAGCUUCGGGCCUGCCACCGAUGCCCAUCCACACGAGCGAGCGGCUGGCACCCCACCGGGAGACCUGCGGCCUGGGUGCCGGCUGGGAGGAGGCACCGCCUACAGAGUCACCACCCCGGCAGCUGAGGCCCGAUUCAGUGCACCCGCGUCAGGAGCCACCAGGAAGGGCCGGGGCGGGGAGGGGAGCCGGUGGCUCUGUGCCUCGCCCAGGGAAGGAGUGGCCUCCCCUUCGGUGGGCGGUCCAGACAUCCCCAGGACAGCUGUGGGGCCUCCGGCUGGGGCCACAGAGGCUGUGCUAGUGGAGAUUGCUUCACUGGCCGGCUACCUGCAGAUGCAAUCCCACCCCAGGGAGGCCUCUCAGUACCCCAAGUCCUGGGCCUUCCCCCCCAAGCCACGACUACACACUCUGGUCUGGUUCCAGAUUCGGAGAGUGGACAGAGCGGGCCUGAACUGCCUCGCUCCUGUCCCAGAGUCAGCACCCCUGCCUACCCCGCCGUGACCCACAGUGCAGCCGGCCAAGGCUUCUUGAGGCCUGAGCGCUGGGUUCACCUCCUCCCGGCUCUAAAACCUCCCCUGGCUCCCUGCUUCCCGCUAGAUAACGCCCACGCUGCCCGGCCUGGUGGGCAGCGCCCUCUGGAACUGGCUCCCGUCUCUCUUUCUCCUCAGCUGGGCCUGAGGCAAAGGGGCCCACCCUGUGGAGUCCCCUCUGCUCCGCCUCGAGCUGCCUCCCCUCCCACCGCUCUGGGGGCGGACGAGGAGGACUUCCUGUUGGCAGCCCUCUGGUCUACGUCCUCUCCUUCGUAUCAGGCUGGGAGUCUGUGGAGGGCCAGACCCCCUGCAGCCUCUCUCUGUGCCUCACUGGACACAGAGGGGUGAGGCUUCUGUUUAUCGGUGGCGGGGGGUGGGGCGGGGGUAAGGCAGCCAGGCCGUGUCCACCCCCAGGUGGAAUGCACGCUCUCGGAGCCUGCAGGACCCAGAGCCCUGCUCUCCGCUUGGCUGCCCCGAGACCCUGAAUUCACGCAGGAGUAAAGGGGGAAGGGGUGGGCACGCGUUUGGCACAGCAGGUGGACACCUGCACCUGUAUCAGAGGGCUUGGGUUUGAGUUGUGUCUCCUACUUCUGAUCUAGCUUCCUGGAGACAGCAGGUGAUGGCCCAAGUCCUUAGGUCCCUGGUACCCGCAUGAGAAACCAGAAGAGAGUUCUGGGAUCCUGGCUUCAGCCUGGUCCAGCCCCCGCUCUUGUGGGCAUUUGGGGAGUGAACCAACUGAUGGAGUUGUCCAUCUGCCUUUCAAAUGAAAAUAAAAUAGAAUAAAAAGGAAUGGGGGGUGGGGAAUCUGGCCUGCCCUGCAUCACAGACUGCGGGAUUUCAGUCGGAGCCGCACUGUGCAAAUAGAAACCAAUUCUCUGGGCUUUAGCAAGUGGGGCCGGCUUCCUCCUUCCGUCUCGGAUUCUCCUCCUGGUUCACUUCCCCCAGGGCCUCCCUGAGACUGCCCAGGCUGAAUGCAGUCUGUGGUCGUCCACCCUGGCUGCGCACCAGGCUUGCUCAUUCCUGAGGGUGCACGGGACUGGGUGGGGGCAGCUGCCCUGAGACCUGAGGAGAGCUUCAGGCAGGGGGUCACAGCCCUGGGGCUCUGGCCAGUUGGCUGACACAGGUACAAGGCUGGGUGAGGGGCCCACAGCUUCCUGCAGGGGGCGCUCCAGGGGCCGAGACCCCAGAAGAGAACCUCCUCCUCCUUCCAGAGCUAACAGACGCUGGCCAAUCCCCAGGGCUUCCCGGACGCUCUGCGCCACAGGCCCUGUCCCGGGCACACUCCCAGCCGCCCACUCUCUGCUCUCUGGCAGCCGGGGCCAGAGGCAGGUCCGGAUUCGCUGGCUGGCUCAGGCUCCGGGUCGGAAAGCCCCGGCCAGCGCUCGUCAAGAGAGCGAUUCAUGAAGGCUGGGAUUCAUUCGGGCCGCUCGCCCGCCCCGCUAGCAACCCAGGCCUCCCAGGCAGAGCGGGGGCGGGCACCGCGCUGGGUCUCAGGGCCCUCCCCCGGCUCCCUCGUCACUCCCGCUCCCUGGGCAAAGAAGCCCUUUCUUCCUGGGCCUGCUAUUGCCCAAGAGAGGGCCUGGUCAAAGCCGCGCAGUUCUGGCGUUUGCUGGGCCCACCUCUGAAAGGCCACCCUAGGAGGGCUGUGGGAGCCGGAAGCCGUGGCUGCUCGCCCUGGGAAGGAGGAGAGGGCCGGGUCCCCCUGGCCCCAGAGCAGCAGGCCCGCCCGCACCCCCGCUUCCACCCUCCAGGACCCCACUGAGCAGGUGCACUCAGAGCUGCCACCUGCCUGCACGAUGCUGUGGCCCUCGGGAAUGUCCUCGGGGACGCUGGCCUCGUAGCUGCUCUGCAGGAAGAUGGGCCGGUUGUCGUUCACGUCCAGGACGGUGACAAACACGGUGGCUGUGCCCGUGCGCCGCUUGCCUACGGGGCCGUUGUCUGUCGGGGGUGGAGGAGGACAGGUGUCAGCGGCUGCCUGUGACCAUUCCCGGGUGCCCGGCCCUGGCCUUUGCAGCGUGUGACUGCUCUCCUUUCCAGGGCACGGGUGACAAGGGCUGGGCUUCGCACCGGGCCAGCCCUGGGCCAUGGGCACCGUCACUAUCACCUUACUCAGCAGAGGUGCUGCUGUGGGUUGAGCAGCGGCUCCCAAAAAGUGCGCCGGUGUCAAGUCCCCAGGAAUCCUUGAAUGUAAACUCACGUGGGGACACGGGGCCCCUGCAGAUGUCACUAACUGAAGUGCUGAGCAGGAGACCGACCCGGAUCGUCCAGGGGGCCAGGCAUGCAGUGCCCAGCGUCCUUCCGAGAGAAGGCACGGGGCGAGGCGGGAGGGAGAGCAGGUUCUGAGAGGAUGGAGGCAGAGGCUGGGUUUGUAGCCACGAGCCAGGGACACCUGAAACCACCAGGGACUGCACAGGGCAGGGGGCCCCUCUACUAGAGCCCUUGGCAGGACCAGGGCCCUGCGGUGCCUUGACUGUGCACUUGUGGCUUCCAGAACCACGAAGAGUACGUUUCUGCAGUGCGAAGCCACUGUGCUUGCUAUGUGAAGAUCACGGCACACAGAACUGUCAUGGCCAAGGCUGAGAGCUGCGGGCCCACACGCGAUUCUCAAGAGGACGGAGCAUCUGAACUUUGGAAUAAAAUCUCCUGCUUCUAAGUGUUCCACAA